CUCUAAGUCUACUGAAAUAUACCUGCUAUAAAUCCAUCGUGCAACCUCAGAUUAUAGUCACGAACGUUGUUAAGUACACAAGAAACGUUCAGUUUUUUAAAAUAAUUUAAUUUUAAUCGUUUGACAAAUAUAAGAGUGUUUAUUUUUUAAAUUGUAACAAGAUGUCCAACGGUGAUAUGGACAAUUUACCUGAAGAUGGCAUGACUGCCAAAGAGAUGAUCACAUCCGGCAAUGGCCUUACCUACAAUGAUUUUAUAAUUUUACCUGGAUACAUUAACUUUUCUGCUGACCAAGUGGAUUUAUCGUCUCAGUUGACAAAAAAUAUUAUAUUAAAAGCACCACUAGUUUCUUCUCCAAUGGACACAGUAACUGAAUCUAACAUGGCCAUUGCUAUGGCUCUCUGUGGAGGAAUUGGUAUUAUACAUCACAAUUGCUUGCCAGAAUACCAGGCCAAUGAGGUACAAAAGGUCAAAAAAUAUAAGCAUGGAUUUAUCCAUGAUCCAGUGGUGCUGUGUCCAACAAAUACAGUUCAAGAUGUACUGAACGUAAAAAAAGAAAAAGGAUUCUGCGGUAUUCCAAUUACCGACACUGGCAAACUUGGUGGUAAAUUGGUAGGAAUUGUGACAUCCCGUGAUAUCGAUUUCAUGGAAGGUAGAUCAAACUACACAAAGAUCACUUUGGAUCAGGUGAUGACAACGGAUUUAGUGACUGGACAAGCGGGUCUUAAUUUGCCACAAGCUAAUGCUAUUCUCGAAAAGAGCAAGAAAGGAAAACUGCCAAUCGUUGAUGAAAAAGGCAAUUUAGUAGCUUUGAUGGCGCGCACCGACUUAAAGAAAGCUCGUAGUUAUCCUUUUGCGUCGAAGGAUGAGAACAAGCAACUCAUUGUGGGAGCCGCCAUCGGUACUAGGCCUGAGGAUAAAAGACGUUUGGGCAUCCUUGCCCAAGCUGGUGUUGACGUCGUGGUAUUGGAUUCGUCACAAGGAAAUUCAGUGUACCAAAUUGAAAUGAUUAAGUUCAUUAAAGAAACGUAUCCAAAACUUCAAGUCAUCGGUGGCAAUGUUGUCACAAUUAAACAAGCCAAAAACUUAAUUGAAGCAGGAGUUGACGCUUUGAGAGUAGGCAUGGGCAGCGGAAGCAUCUGCAUAACACAAGAGGUGAUGGCUGUAGGCCGACCACAAGCAACUGCUGUAUAUAAGGUAGCUGAGUACUCAAAGAACUUUGGCGUUCCUAUAAUUGCCGAUGGUGGCAUUCAAUCCAUUGGCCACAUUACGAAAGCGCUUUCAUUGGGCGCAUCUACAGUUAUGAUGGGAUCAUUGUUGGCGGGCACUUCCGAAGCCCCAGGUGAAUACUUUUUCUCAGAUGGAGUCAGGUUGAAGAAGUAUAGAGGUAUGGGCAGUCUCGAAGCCAUGGACAGGAAAGACGCCAUGGGUUCUGCAAUGAACCGAUACUUCCACAACGAGAUGGAUAAAAUGAAAGUCGCCCAAGGAGUCAGCGGUUCAAUUGUCGAUAAGGGAUCUGUCCACAGAUUCGUGCCGUAUUUGCAGUGUGGUCUCAGGCACGGUCUUCAAGAUAUCGGUACUAUGUCAUUAACCGAACUCAGGAGGUUGAUGUACGUGGGAGAAUUGAAAUUUGAAAGGAGAACUUAUUCUGCCCAACUGGAAGGAAACGUACAUGGUUUAUUUAACUAUGAAAAGCGUCUAUUUUAAAGCAUUCCUACUCUAUUUUGUUAUUGCAUUUGCAUUUUAUUUUUCGCAUAACGACCAUAUUGUUAUAAUUUAUACUA